AUGCGGCAUCAUCUCAUUGAUGGUCUUAAAGAUCAGUACAUGACAAUCGAGAAUCCACUAGAUCUUUGGAUGGCUUUAAAGAAUAGAUACGAUCACCACAGGAUGGUGUUGCUUCCUAAAGCAAGGCAUGAUUGGAUGCAUCUAAGAUUCUUAGACUAUAAGUCGGUGGAUGAUUACAAUUCAGCUCUAUUCAAGAUUGUCUCGAUACUAAAGUUGUGUGGUGAAGAGGUAACCGAUAGCAUGAUGCUUGAGAAGACCUAUACUACCUUUAAUCACUCAAACUCCGUGUUGCAAGAGCAAUACAGGACAAAGGGUUUUGCCACAUACACUGAUCUGAUCUCUUGCCUACUCCUGGCCGAGGCAAACAAUGAACUCCUACUAAAGAGUAACGGAGUUAGACCGGCCGGGACAGCACCACCACCCGAAGCUCAUGAAGUUGAGAAGAAGGAUCCCAAUGAGACAUACUUUGUCCAAGACAAUAAGAAACCAUACGGCAAUAGCCGUGGUGGAUUCAAGAGGCGUGGACGUGACAACUCAAACGGUCGAGACGGCUACUCGACCGGCCGGAAAGGAAACCACAAUAACCGUGGUCGUGGUUCCAAUUACGGCCGGGGACGAGGCAGCUACGGCCGCGGACGAGGUGGCAUAUCCAAACCAUCUUACACGUCCAACAAGUCUCUAUGCCAUAGAUGCGGAAGUGACAAUCAUUGGGCAAAGAAUUAUAUCUGCAAGGGACAAAGGAUCUCGGAUUGUUCUACACCAACCGGCCAGGAGAGAGCUUGGUUGGAUAUGCAGAUGCUGGGUAUUUAUCAGACCCACACCAGGCUAGAUCUCAAACGGGAUAUAUAUUCAUACAUAGUGGAGCCGCAAUAUGCUGGCGUUCUACUAAGCAAACCUUAG